AUGGAACCGUUGCAUGCAAUCGUCCCCGAUGUCGGCUAUCAGGAUUUGACUGGUACGCAUACACGACAACCGGCAAAAUGGGUUAUCACGCCGGAAUUCGACAUUACGGAUAUUUUACACUUUAAUGGUGAAAACGAGUUUAUUUUCCUGGGCACUGGACCGGAUUCGAAAAAUUCGCACGUAUUUUUCGGAACAACAACGGAUAACAAUGUGAAGUGUUUGACCUGUGGCAAUGAGAACUGCACAUACAAUCGAGCCAGAGUCUCCAAUUGCGGAAUGUUUUUCGUCCAAGAAUGCCGGGGCCCAGAUGUACCAACAUUUAUUUUGAAUAAGGUCAACAAAACAAGAUUGGAAUCCGGGGACUUGUUGGUGGAGGCAGUGCCGGUUCGAGUGUUGCAGGACAAUAAGGAAUUCAAGACCGUUUUACGUGAACGUGCCCUGGCCCGAAUCGAAUACAUGCAUCUCACUUUGCGCAAAGGCACUCGUGACCAAAUGGAAGUUGAGGCGAAAUUAUGGUUACCACCUGAACUGAAUAAAUCUCACAUAACCAAAUAUCCUUUGUUGUUAUAUACAGCCUUGGUGGAAGAGCUUCCAUUCGUGAAUACAUCCCAGAUUGGUGCUUAUGGAUGGUCUUACGGAGGAUUCACUGUUGGCCAUCUGCUCGGUCACUCGGAGAAUACUUACGCUCGAUGUGGUAUUGCCGUUGCCCCGGUGACGGACUUUAAAUACUAUGAACUCACCGGUGAAAAUGGAAUCAUGGAAUGUCGGUCCCAGCUGCACAGCAAAACUGGAACCGAAAUUUUGCAACACAGUGGUUAUUGCUUGUGA